AUGAGCCGAUUGACAUGGCCUUACUACACUUGUACUUUUUUUAGAAAACAGCCUAAAUACGGCCUAAAGUUAUGGUAUCGAUAUUUUAUACCUGAUUCGUAUGCUUCGGUUGAUAUUUGGAACGCUCGGCUCUCUAGUGAUAUUUUCCGAAAUAUUUCAGCUCGUGAUCAUGGUUUAAAAUUACUGCAAAAAAUUAAUUCUGGAAAAGUCGUGUCACCACUGGACUAUGACAUAUUCGCAAAUAAACUAGAUGAACUAGAUGUCAAGUCCUUAGAUUUUGUUGAAGAAGUCAUCAUGAGCUAUAUGAAUACUCAGUCUGCGGUGGACGUAAGGGAUUCAACAUCUCAUGCGUUUAUUCGAGGCUAUUUGAAUUUCCGAGAAGUUGACAGAUUGCUAAAAUUAAUCGAGUGUAGAUCAAAAACAGGAAUUUUGUAG